ACGAUGUGUCUUUUAAAAAUGGCGCUAGUAUAACUGCCGCGUGCAUGCGAGGUAGGGUUGGACUGAUUAACGUGUGCAUAUGGACAUUGCGACGAAUUUCUGUACAUGUUACGGGCUCUCGCGGCCGGUGCGCGACGUUGUAUUCACGCGAUGUCUGCCGUCACGACGCAAAAGCCGGAGGUGAUGUUUAUCCUGGGCGGCCCGGGUGCCGGCAAGGGUACUCUUUGUCGCUACAUUGUCGAGCAUUACGGUUACGCUCAUCUAUCGGCCGGCGACUUGCUGCGCGAGGAACGCGUCAAGCCCGGUUCGGAGUAUGGCGAGCUCAUCGAGACGCAUAUUAGGAACGGCACAAUUGUCCCCGUGGAGAUCACUUGCAGCCUCAUCGACCGCGCCAUGCAAAUUUCCGAUAACCCACACCGCCGCUUCCUCAUUGAUGGCUUUCCCAGGAAUCAGGAUAAUCUUGACGGUUGGACUAAGGUGAUGUCUGACAAAGUUAUCUUGAAAGGCGUGAUAUUCUGUGAAUGCAGUCAAGAAGUUUGUACUCGGCGUUGCCUGAAUCGUGGUGCUAGUGGAAGUGGGCGCAGUGAUGACAAUGAACAGUCCUUGGUUUUACGUCAUCAGACCUACCUGAAAAACACUUUACCGAUAAUAGAAAUGUAUGAGCGGCAGGGCUUAGUUUAUAAAGUUGAUUCUAUGAAAACACCGGAAGAGCUUAUGUACUGGCUAAACAUUCCUUCGCAGAUGUAUAAUGAUACAAUGUAAAUGGAUAAUGGGUAAUAUCAGCAAUUGCGGAAUCUGAAAUAUGUAAAUAUCCUGCGGGACUGUUAAUAACGAUCGAUAAUGUAAAUUCUUUGAUAUAAUGUUAUAUAUAGUAUGCGUGUUAAAAUGCAUAGUUUCUAUAUUUAUAGAAUAAAUAUUUAAGCAGUGCAUUAUCAUUAUUAGAUUGUAUUGUGAUUGGACAUUUAAUAAUCGUUAGAAAAAAAUUGUAUUAAUGCGAGAAAUGACAAAAGAGAAAAUAUGGAAGAGAUACGUACAUCAUGCGUUUUUAAUUUAUAUGUAAAAUACAUUCGUAAAAUUAUAAAUGUAUCGAAUGUUUUA